AACGGGGUUGUCAUGGAAACAAGAUCCUAAUUCAACAGCGUCCAUUCGUGCUGCUGCAGCAAACAGUCCGGAGAAAUCGAGGGUUAUUUUUAACACACUGAGGUCAUUUUAGCAGCGUUAUGAUGCAAAACAGCACAAAUGGCGUGAAACUCUUUCUAGCAUCCGUCAACAAAGACAGGAUCAUCUGGGAAUUCCCAAAGUGUUACAGACCCGAGGCUUGCCUGCAAAUGAAGGAGGACUGGGCCAUUAAGACUAAACUUGGAUGCAAAGACAGAACCAUCAGCCAUCAGCCGUGGGAUCACCAGAAAAUGGCAAAAGUAGUGGUUGUUGGUGACUUCAACGUGGGAAAGACUUGUCUCAUUAAUAGGUUUUGUAAAGAUGCAUUUGAAAGAGACUACAAGGCCACCAUAGGAGUGGAUUUUGUUGAGAGGUUUGAAAUCUGUGGAGUACCCUUCUCUCUUCAGAUCUGGGACACAGCUGGGCAGGAAAAAUUCAAAUGCAUAGCUUCAGCAUACUAUAGAGGUGCUCAGGUCAUCGUCACAGUUUUUGACAUGGCAGAUAUUCAGUCACUGGACCACACAUGGUAGGUUUCUGAGAUUAGACUUGUUUCACUACUGCAGGGCCUUCUCAAUGGUGCUAAAUGUUUUGUAUUUUGGACCUUUUAUCA